GCGCAGGGAGGUUGGUACACUACCGGGUCCGUUCACCGGCGGUGGUGGCGUGCGUGCAUCCAAUUCCAAUCUCCAGUGCCCAAUGCGAGCCCAAAAGAAUCCGAGGUCAAAUCCCGAGGCGGCGGCGCCUGGGCAAAACCAGCAGAGCCUUGCCGUGGAACGAGAGGCUUCAGUGGCUCUGGCUCACACACAGACCUCGCGUCGGCGUCGCCUGCCUACGCGCGAGCUCGCUCGGCUAGUAGCCGCGUCACCUUCCUCCUCUGUAGUCGCAGCGACGACAGCUAGCGAGGAGAGGAGAGGGAGAGAAGGGGAGGUGAUGGGCCCCGCCCGCGGCGGCGUCAUGGCCCUCGUUCGCCUCCUCCUCCUGCUCCUCCUGGGCCUCGGCUGCAGCAAUGGCGGCCGAUGCUCUUCGGCGCAGACGCUGCUGCCGCCGCAAGAAGUUGAAGCACUCAAAGGUAUAGCGAACAAGCUUAACAAGACGGAUUGGGAUUUCAGUGUUGAUCCAUGCAGCGCAUCAGGAAACUGGAUCAAUUCCGAUGGAUUUCUUUUCAGUAAUGUGACAUGUGAUUGUUCGUUCAAGAACCGCACAGAGUGUCAUAUCAUCAGCCUGGAGCUUAUGCGGCAGAAUCUUAGUGGAGUUCUACCGGAGGAAGUUGUCAACCUUACUUAUCUGCGAUAUCUUGACUUGUCACGCAACUUCAUUCAAGGACCAAUUCCAGCAUCAUGGGGUGACCUACCUGUUUAUAAUCUGUCUCUCCAGGGAAAUCGUAUAUCUGGAACACUACCUAAGGAACUUGGACGCAUGCCCAUGUUGAAAUCUUUGCAGCUAGAAGGCAAUGAGAUUGAGGGUCCUAUUCCACCAGAGCUGGGUAACAUCAGCACUUUGGAGAGAUUUUUCAUUUCUGCAAAUAACAUCACAGGAGAGUUGCCCUCAACCUUUUCCAGGCUGACAAAUAUGACAGAUUUUCGUGUUGAUGGAAACCGUAUUUCAGGGAAAAUACCUAGUUUCAUAAAGAACUGGCAGAGCGUCAACAGAAUUGAUAUGCAGGGUACCUCGAUGAGUGGGCCUAUUCCUCCAGAAAUUUCCUUGUUGAAGAACUUGACAGAACUGAGAGUGACUGAUUUGAGUGGACCAAGCAUGAAAUUUCCUCCCUUACAAAAUGCAUUGCACCUCACGGAAGUGGUCCUACGAAAUUGCUCCAUAUAUGGUGAAAUACCUUCUUACCUUGGACGAAUGCAGUAUCUGAAAGUCUUGGAUAUAAGCUUCAACAAGUUGACAGGCCAAGUUCCAGCAAAUUUUGGAGGAAUGAUGGCACUGCAAUAUUUGUACCUGACUGACAAUAUGCUGACUGGAGAUUUGCCUGCUUGGAUGUUGAAAAACAAGGCAAGCAAUAAAGUAAACAUGGAUAUAUCAUAUAAUAACUUCACGGGUAACCCUCCUUCUGAGUGUCAGCAAGCAAAUGUAAAUAUGGUGUCAAGUUUUUCAUCUUCAAAUGACAAUUCAUUGCAGUCAUGUUUAAGAAAGAAUCUUCCUUGCAUGGGCAAAUCACACUAUUCCAACUUAUUCAUCAACUGUGGUGGCAAAACUGUUGUUGUCAAUGGGGUAACCUAUAAGGAUGACUCAUAUCAAAUAGGAACAUCAAGUUUUGUGUUAUCCGAUGAUAAGAAAUGGGCAUAUAGUAGUACUGGUGAUUUUGUGGGUAACGAGAAUGCUGACUACAUUGCUAGAAACACAUCGAAGCUGACCAUGGCUUACCCAGAGCUGUACACUGAAGCUCGCCUCUCACCUCUCUCACUGAAAUACUAUGGCCUUUGCAUGGAGAAUGGUGAAUAUACGGUGAAGCUUCAUUUUGCUGAGAUUGUGUUCACAGACGAUCAUACUUACUCCAGCAACGGCAAGCGUGUUUUCGAUGUCUUCAUCCAGGGUGCUAAAGUUCUGGGGGAUUUCAACAUCAAAGAUGAGGCUGGCGGUGCUCAUCGUGCGAUCACCAAAACUUUUGCAGCCAACAUCACAGACAAUACACUGGAAAUUCACCUCUACUGGGGAGGCAAAGGCACCACAGCGAUACCCUACCGCGGCGUGUACGGUCCAUUGAUCUCAGCCAUAUCAGUGACACACACACGCAGGAACCACCAUGGAGUCUCUAUUGGGGUGGUGAUUGCCAUCGUGAUUGCUGUGACAUGCUUGGUUAUCAUACUUAUGUUCAUAGCUUUCUAUUUCAAAGUCUUCCAGAGGAUGAACGCGAAAGGAAAAGGUAGACAUUCCUUCUACAAAGGAAGGAAAACUAAUACUUCAGAGCUUCAAACACGGGCACAGUAUUUUUUUAGCAUGAAAGAGAUCGAAUCUGCAACAAGACAUUUUGACCCUGCUAAUAAAAUAGGCGAGGGUGGCUUUGGACCUGUUUACAAGGGUACACUGUCAGAUGGUACUACAGUUGCAGUAAAAAAGCUGUCUUCAAAGUCAAGCCAAGGAAAUCGUGAGUUUUUAAACGAGAUAGGAAUAAUAUCUGCUCUAAGGCAUCCAAAUCUUGUGAGGCUCUUUGGUUGUUGUAUUGAUGGGGAUCAGCUUCUGCUCAUAUAUGAAUUCUUGGAAAAUAAUAGUCUUGGUCGUGCACUUUUUGGUCGCUCAGAACAUCAGUUGAAAUUAGACUGGCCAACAAGGUACAGCAUCUGCCUUGGAACUGCGAAAGGCCUAUUCUAUCUCCAUGAAGAGUCUACAUUAAAAAUCGUCCACAGAGAUAUUAAACCAUCAAAUAUUCUUCUUGAUGAAAAGCUGCAGCCAAAAAUAUCAGAUUUCGGCUUGGCUAAACUGAAUGAUGACUGUGGCCGAGUGAGCACUCGGAUUGCUGGAACUGUUGGUUAUAUGGCACCUGAAUAUGCCACAAGAGGAUGCUUGACACGCAAAGCAGAUGUCUACAGCUAUGGAGUGGUGGCACUAGAGAUUGUUAGUGGCAUGAGCAAUAUAAAUAGCAUGUCUAAUGAAGAAUAUCUGCAUCUUCUUGAUUGGGCCGAAAGGUUGAAGCAGCAAGGGAAGCUGCUAGAAAUGGUGGACCAGCGUCUUGGUUCCGAGUACUCGCAAGAACAGGCACUGAGGCUGCUGAACAUAGCUCUUCUUUGUACAAACACGUCACCAACCCAGCGGCCAAGAAUGUCUUCAGUGGUGAAGAUGCUUUGCGGUCAGAUCCCCAUCGAGGUUGUACCUGAUGACGAUGAUCUAAGUGAAGACUUGCGACUCAACAUCGCCCGGUCCCACAGCUCCAUGAAUAACAGCAAAACAGAUUGGUCCGAGAUGCCAUCAAGCGAUCCGUCGAUCUUGCUCCACAACAGCAAGGACAGUGGCUACCUCCCAUCUUCGAGCUCCUCUUCUCUGAAGCUAUGAGCUGCAUUGCCAGGGCCCAGGGGUAGCUAGGCAGCAAGGUUGAUGGUAUCCGCAAUUUUUUUUGGCCUGAUGCAGCCGUUGUACAGAGCAAGCAUUUGGUUCGAUGCUUCCAGUUCGAUUGUGUUGAUGUUGCUCGUCAAUUGUCAUUCAGGAUUGCCAUCCACAGCCAGUUGCAAUUGAUCAUAGCAUUACAUCGACAUAUUUGUAAUCUGGCGCCGCGUUUUUUGGCUUCAAAGUCAAGAUUUGUACAAGUUGUCCGGAGGAUCUGAUUGAGUUCUGCCAAAACAGAGUGGAACUCAGCGCCCGGCGGUACAGAGAUGUGCAGAUGUGUUACGCAUAUUGCCCUUCUUAAGGAAGUGCAUUGACCAUGCUGAUGGGUAUCGUGUGAUCAUACCGUCAGGCAUCGAGGCAGGAGCUCGAAUGGAGUAUGCAUCUGUCUGCCCUGAGUGACCUUCAUAUCCAGAAAAAUGGAUUGUACAAAUUAAUGAAUCCGAAAGCGUUAAUCUGGUAGCAAGAGUAUGUUAUUUUCUAGGAUAUGGGCUAACAAUUUACCAUAAAUUUGGUUCUCCAUCUUGUUUGACUUAUUUAGACCGAUCAUGUUGUGUCCUAACGGGGCAAAUGAUUUACUGAUGAGUUAUGUGGCCGUUCUCUUUCAAGUAACUAAUAUAAAACUUUACAUUUACGAGGAA